AUGGGCCAAGAAUAUAAUUGGACUGACCAUUGGGAAGUUUUUGAAUGGUUCAAAACUUCAAGUAGUUUGCAUCAUUUGAUUCUUUUAGUUCUUAUUGAACUAAAAGAUAGUUCAGAGAAAUCUCGUCAUAUCUUAGAAGAGAGUUUAAAAGAUCUGGAAGGCGAGACAGAAGAAAUAUUUGAUAACGUACAAAAAAGUCCUAAUGAAUUUUUAAAAAUAAUUAGAAAAUGUCGUAGCUGUAUAUUAACACCAAAUGAUGAAGGUUUAAAACAAUCGCUUGUAAAUGAAAUCCUGCAUCAAGAAAAGCUUCCUAAUAGUUUGUUGCCUUAUUUAAUACAAAUGACAGACUCCCAGCGAACAGUUUUAAGAACAAUGGCACAUCAAAAUAUUCAAGCAAGGGUUGCUUAUAUCAGAGCCAUUUCGAAACCUCACUUAGAUCAAAUAGACUCUGAGGGCUAUCACUAUACUAGAAAUCCUUAUUACAGACAAGUAAUGAAUGAAAAAAAUGAAAUAAAUGACAAAUACAACGAAUUAUUGGCAAAUAACAAUGCUGGACGUUCAAAUUCCGAUCAAGGAUCAAGUCACGAUGAUGAAGGUGGCACAGUUGAUUUAACAACUCGAAAAUUAGCAACCAGUGAUACUUUAUCAGAAGUUAGUGAACGAACAGGAGAUUUCUGCGGAUCAACUUAUGUUGAUGAUGAAUUUAUUACUUUCUUAAAAAAUGAACUAGGAUCUAAAGCAAUGAGUGAUUUUAAAGAAAAUCAUUAUGAUGAGUAUCAAUAUUUAAUUCAUCAUUUCUUUUGUCCAGAAAUAAAGUUUGGGUUUGAUGGUGAUAGUUUUGAUGCAACAGACUUGGACAUUGGAAGAUUCUGUCCAGCGCUUAAGGAUUAUAUAACCAAAGAUAUUAGUGAUAAAUUGAGAAAAGAGGACUGGUUACUAGAGAUUACUUAUGAAGAUGUUCUUGCAAUGUUUGAUCCAGUAAUAAACCGAAUUAUUCGUUUAAUCCGUAAUCAAUUAACAGCUUCAAAAGAAAAAUGUUCUGCUUUAUUUUUGGCUGGAGGUUUUUCAGAAUCUCCAUAUCUUAUCUCAAAAAUAAAGAAUGCAUUUGGUUCUACAGUAUCAAUUAUUUCCGUGCCUCAAAAUCCAAUAUCUGCUGUUGUACGUGGAGGGGUUAUCUAUGGUUUAAACACAAAGGCUAUUGCAACACGUCAAUUGACAUUGAAUUAUGAGUGGGUAACUGGAGAUCCAAUAGAAAGAAAAACAGAAGAUGACCAUAUUUACAAAUUUGAUUGUUUAGCAAAACGUGGAAUAGAAUAUUCACCUACUCAAGGUUUUCCCGGAACAUAUUAUCCUGUUUACGCUCAUCAAAAAGGUAUAGAAUUCGAGGUAUAUGCUACACCAAGAAAUAAUCAAAAAUUUUGUGAUGAACCUGGUAUGGAAUUGAUUGGAAAAUUGUAUAUUAAAUUACCUGAUGAGUAUUCAGUCGAUAGACCUGUGGAAUUUACUUUGAUGUUUGGAGAACUACUUAUCAAUGCAACUGCACGGUGCAAAAAAUCCGGAACACUUUGUAAAGCUACAUUUGAAUAUACUAAACCUGGAGCCUAUGGAGUAUCUUCUAAUAAAUAG